AUGGAUGUACCAAUAGGUAUAAAUCCGGUCAAAAUAUUCAUUUUUUUCGUGGAGUAUUUACUCAACCUCACAGAUAUCAAGGGAGUACCAAUUUAUCUGACUCCACGCAAAACCUUUAUUAUUGGGCUUGCAAUAGCAAUUAAAGCAAUGUUCAGCUUAGCAGAUGAAAUUUUUCAAAUUACCCAGUAUAAAUACAUUUUAACUUACAAAUUUUCACAAGACCAUCUGGAAAUGUUUUUUUCAAAAAUCAGACAACGUUUUGGAAAUAAUAACAAUCCAAAUGCCCUUGAAUUAAAAACUGCUAUGAAACAAAUCCUGCUGAAGAACUCCAUAACAUCAUCAUAUGCUGCUAAUUGUAUAGCUUUGGACAACACAGGCACAGAAAGCGUGUUUGAAAUACGUUGGGCAAAGAAAAAAGUUGAAAGUUUGGAAGAAGAGGAAGAAAUACAAGAUUUAUUCCCCAGUAUGAACAAUACAUUUGAUAUUGUUAAAGACAACAUUUUGUAUUAUAUUUCUGGGUUUAUUGUUAGAUGUUUGUUGAAAAAAGUUGAUUGUCAAACAUGUGCUAAUAGUAUGUUGGAAACAUUAUCUGAACACAAUUAUAACCAUAAAUAUUCUCACUCUAUAUUAGUUAAUGUCAAAAAUAGAGGAGGGUUGAUUAAAAGUUCAAUUAAUGUCUAA